UCAAACUUAACCAAACCAAAGUGUACAACACAAUAUUAUUUCAAUACACUUUAAAAUGUAUAAAAAUAACCUAUUUCACAACUUAUAAUAAGUGACACAGUAUAGUGCUGAUAAGUUUAUCCAGGAAGAGUAGUAAUUUAAGUUAAGUUUAAAAGUUGAGUUGAGGUUGCAAAACAUGAGCUUGAGUGGAAAGGCUAGGGCGAAAUCUAAGAGCCAAAAUGAAAGGACAAAGAAAUAUCAACCUAGGGUUGAUGCUAUCAAAGUCUCAGUCGAGAGAAAGAAAAAGUGUAAUGACAAAGCGCUGAAAAUAGUCAUGGACUUUUCCGACGGGACCGUCUCAGAAAAAAUUUUGUUGGAUAACCUACAAUUUAUAAACCAAGAAUAUUACCAAGAUAUCGUAGAAGAACGAGCCAUCAAUAAGUUAUGUGGUUAUCCGCUUUGUUCUAAUGCGUUGAAGAACAUACCAUCAAAGCAAUAUCACAUUUCAACCACUCUAAAUAAGGUGUUUGAUAUCACAGAUAGAAAGAACUUCUGCAGCAACUUAUGCUACAAAGCCUCGAGGUUUCUGAAAGACCAGAUCUCGACAAGUCCACUAUGGCUCAGAGAAGAAGAAUCUCAAUCUUUUACUCUUAUCUCACUUCAGUCUACACAUGGCAUGACUGGGGAUGAGGUGGAUCUCGGAAUAUCUCCCGUGAAGCUGGAUUUGGACGAUCUUCUGACAACUCCCUCGUCAAAACUGGAUGAAUCCUCUAACACAGAAGUGGUUAAUGAUGAAUCUCAUAGCAAAAACAGUGAAAAAGGCAAAACAAGUGAGGAUAAGAACUUAAAAUUUGUUGAAGAUGAAACUUAUUUUGAAAGUCUUGAAAGUAGCGAGUGUGAAAGUUUUAGUUCAUGUAAAAGUGAUUGCAUGGUUGAUGGUCAAGAUGCAAAGCAGGAAAUUUCUUCCGAAACUAAAAUUUGCACUGUCACAAUAUCUGAAACAGAUAAGUCAAAUGAUUCUGUGGAUUCUUCCAGAAAUAGAGAAUGUCUCUCUUACCAAAUCAGUAAAAUACAAGAGAGUGUAGAAAUUAUAAUUCAAGAAAAAGUUGAAGAAGGAAAUAAGCAACUAGUUUCUCAAACGCUAGAUAGUAAGGAGCAACCACGUAUCAGUGAGUCAAAAACCCAUCACAAACACUUGUCGAAAAGAAAAUCGUCAAACAGUAAAGCCUCAGUAAAUGCAAACCCUUUACAAAAUAUUGUUUUAAAAAUAGAAAAAAUACUCAGAGAAUGGAUAUCUCUGGAAUCCCUUUGUUUUAUUUUGGGUGAGGAGAAAAUCAAGGAGGUUUUAGCAGAAAAGAAAACACAAAACUUGCCAGCUUUUACGCAAGAUGUCCACUUAUACGAACGUUAUUUGGCGAUAUGUAAAAAGCUUAAUCUGUUGGAGUUGGAAGAAACAAAAAUAGACGCCUCAUAUAGAGAAGAAGCUAAAAAACCUUUGCCAGAUUAUGAAGCACUAAAGGAAGAAGCGAGGCAGAUGGAUAUCAAAGUUAAGAUGUUUUAUAAGGGAGACAAAGUUCAAUUUGAGGACCCUGAGGUUCAGAAAGAGGCAGAAAUCAAAAGUGAAGCAGCUGAUUCGCAGCCAGUUUUGCCACUGGUUGACGUUCAUGCACAGAAGGCGUUGAGGAGAAGAAUUGUUGUCGAUAAGCUAAGAAAAGUGUUGCAAGAUCUUCAAAAGAGUUUGGGAUUGAGAGGGUUCAAUUUGACGGAAGACAUUAGAACUCUCGUUGGGACAUUGACUCUCUCGGCUCACAACAUCACCAUGAAGCCUGCCGAGUGGAACCUGGUCUCCAUAGCUAUCAUAAAACUGUUAUCGCUGCGAGACGAGACACUGUCGCAAGCUCUCACCUCCAGCACUGCCAAUAAACACCUAACCUUGCUACUGAUGAGUUUCUCAUUAGAUCCAGCCUAUCUGGACCGUCUCAUGGUGUGGCUGACUGAUGUUGAGGCUGUGCUUCAAAAAACUUAAGGAUAAACGAAAAAGCUCUGAGGGUUGUGUAUUUUUAGAAAAAUCCCAUGUUGACUGACAUAGAAAUGUUUGAAAAGGUACAGAUUUACGAGCUUACCUUGGAAAUUAGUACAGGGACUUGCGUAUUCACAAAAAUUAUCAAGUAACACUGAUUUUGGUCUUAUUAUAGAACUUAUUCAGAUAAUAGAUUGUUGAGGAGGGAUGAGAUAUUUUUCAUCGAUGUUUUCUGAAGAAUUUCUUCACAACACAGAAAUGUGACAUUUAUGCAUACCAGAAGGCCCUGGAUUGUAAUUUUCCUGAGUAAGAUAGCUGAACUGUAUCCCUUCCAAAUAAGUUGUUCGUUUGCAGUUUUCAAAAUCACAAGAAAAGGACAAACUGUAGUACUAAACUUAUUUGAAAAGCUGUAAUUAUUUUUUUAACUGUAGAAUCGGUGAUAAAGUUAUAGUUUUUUAUCUCAAUUAAAUUAACAACGUUUUUAUAAGUAAUAGAUGUUGACAGAACUUUAAAUUAAUUUCUAAGUACAACUUUCAUUUGACUAAACUAUGAAUACUGACCAUUUGAUGAUUUUACGUUCUUGUGAUUUAUAAUCUGUUAUUUAGGCCAUUUUUAAAGUUGCCUUCAAAAGCAACAAUUGUUUUAUGUCUUUCUAACCUUAAUCCAACCCGUGAAAACUAUAAGAACAUUUUGGGCUCUUUGAUACUGUACCUUGAUUAGGUACCGGAUAAAAAACUGUGAUAAUUAUAUCUUUGACUGAAUCAAAAAUUUUAACUGUGGAUCCGUGGUUUCGUAUUUGUUCUUUAGGGUGUGUCAUAUUGAAAUCUAAAACUAUUUACCACUGGUACUUAGUAAUAGUUUAGAUAAGUAGGUGAUCAUGUAUAUUCGAGGUUUAAAUAAAACACUUUGUAUUAUUCAGCCUA